AUGAAAGUACUUCCUAGAUUUUUGUCAUUCCAUUCCCAAAUCCAAUGCCACUUCCGGCCUCGAUCCAGAGCUACCGACGUUGUCAACAUCAUCUUCAAGCAAAUCUACAUAAUUAUUUUGUUUACCCCUGAGAAUGUGCAUCCGCAGAGUUCAGGUUAUCAAGUUUGUAAUCGAAAUUGCAAUGAACAGAGGUGUACAGUUUCAGACUGUUUCUGCCUGGUUUCGAAUUGCCGCAUUCCAGUUUUGGAUAGGAACUUUUUACUAAUUGAUAGGACAAAAACAUUAGAGAUCUUGUUUAAGAAGGUUGUCAUUGACCUUAUUUCGGGGUCGUUCUUCGAUCAUUUAAAGUUUGAGAAACUUCAUUUUGAAAGGGUUGAGAUAGUUGAGGGAAGUUUGAAGUCCAUUUUUCUGAAUGUCAUUUCCAUGAAGAAGCUCGUGAUCAAAAAGACCAAAAAGAUGACCAAAUUUCUAUUCAAGAAUAACAAUUUGAUUGAUUUAUUAAAGGGAAAGUUGCUGAGUAUCGAUGUUGAUGAGAUACCUGAUGAUUUGGACAGUCUGGCCCUGGAGACAGCAGCUAGCAUCACCAACGUAUCUCUGCACAAGAUAGAUCGUCUCGACUUCCUUGACCAACUUGACGGUUUAACAUCCUUGGAACUAAACGAUCUUCCAUUUGAAGCGGUUGAAAAACUUCAGCGCUACAACAAUCUACGAAACAAACUAAUGUACAUCACUUUUUCCUGUAUCACAGACGCAAAGUUUAGCAGCGAUACUUUUAAGAAUUUUACAAACCUCAAGAAACUGACCUUCAAAGGCUUUGAAAGUUCAAACUUUAGCAAAGAUUUCUGGCAAUACUACCAAAACAUAACCGUCUGGGACAGCACCGCAUUUGAAAAUUACGAAGAUGAUGACGUCAUUGUUGAAACAGCUGUCCCGGAAACAAAAGCACUUUUUGGAAAACCAACUGUUGCCUCGACUAGAAAAAGAACUAAAGUGAGAACGGUGCCGACCUGGCUUGAUAAUGUGCCGGAGUUAGAUCUGUCGGAAUUUAACGAGUAUGACUGGUCGAACAAUGACGUUGCUUAUUUGCCCUUGACCGAUGAAAAGAUAGGGGAUAAUAAAACUGAGAUGACGUCAGAAGGGAACGGAAGAUUGCUUUGUUCUGAUUGGUCAAAAUUUUUUAAAUGGGGCGUGAUUGGUUGGUUGUUUUGGUGGCUUGUCGUGUGA